ACUAUUGCUGUUACUGUAUUUCGAAGUAAAACCCGGUUUGAUAAAAAGAUGAAGAGGGAUAUUGAUAAGUUCAAGUGGAUUGCACAGAAGACGAAGACCUUUGUCCUGCCUCUUGUCCGAGAUAGAGAAAAGGAGCGGACAGGAGCAGCUGUGGACGACGACGACGACGACGACAACGAUCUUGACUGGGAGGAUAUUGUAAAGCGUGCCAAGUGGCCUCUUCUCAAGCGCUAUUAUGAGCUGUUGAAUGCUCACCCCACCAUGGGAAUAGCCCUGGGCACGGACACCGCUAAAAGUAGCGAGGAGGAGGAUUGUGACACCGGUGCUGAUAGGAGUGCUGUUGCUGCUGAUGCGAAUGCUGGUGCAGCUGGUUUAUUGCUCCAAGUUCAAGUGGAAGACGAUGAAGUAGAUGAAGCACUUCCCGUUCUACUGGAUGAAGACUACGGGGUAGGUGAUGAUGGACCUGGAAGCGAGCGCGAUGUGCCACCCAGUAGCAGCGACAACGAAGAUAACGAACAGGCCGUGUCUGAACAACCAGCAAGGGGUGCUCAAGCACAGGUAGCAGUGAGCGACGCACAGCAACACCCAACACCCAACACACCACCUACAAGAAUUGUGCGUGCACGUACCCAAACAGUAACACCACCCCAGCAGGAGCAACAGCGGCAGUUCCUUGAUGGAAUGGGUUCAAUUCUAGACGGUCAAGCGCAGCAAACUUUAGCCAUCCAGGCCCAGCUCCAGCAACAGCAACAUCAGUUUGAGGAGCGGAUGAGGCAACAGCAUGAAGACAAGGAUGCCAGGGCACAGGAGCGCCAUCAGCAGUUUGUUAUGACUAUGCAGCAAUCCAUGAUGACAUUCCAAGGUACGCUGAUGCAGAACCACUUUGGAAGGAGGAGACGACACGCCAGCAACAGCGACUCUGAUUAA